AUGACUUCUGUUUUUCAUAUAACAUUAAGCCCUGUUUUAUUUUUAUUGAAGUGUAUGGGUAUACUUGAUAUUUCUUAUACCAUGGAAUCAACUGGAUUAUUGGUUAAGAAUAUAAACUCUAGGUUUCCCGCAUUUUUAGAAAGAGCACGGAUGAUUGUGUUAUUGAUAUGCACUUAUAUUUAUUUCAAUCAAUAUGGGCCAGAAUUCUAUAUACUGCAAAUUAUAAAUAUUUUCAAAUUUUGGAGUGUAAUUAUCGCAGCCAGACUAUCCACAAUAUGGAUAAUCAAAUUUAUUAAUGGAAUUAUCGAGUUUGACCAAAAAAUUGAUCCACUUUCAUCACAUUUGUUGAUCCCUCAACGUUCAUGGAAAAAAAUACAAUGGAAUACAAUUUUUGUUUCAUUAUUUGCAUACUUUAUUGGAUUUAAAAUUUUACAGUUGCAUUUUGGUCCCUUGAAGACUAUAACUAUUGAAUUAUUGAUACACCAUGUAUUAUUCACUAUACCUUAUGCUAUGGAUUAUGUAGUUGUGAUAUCUUUGUGUUUCUUUCUUCAAAAUGUGUAUGUCAGAUUCCAAACGUUAAACGAUCUUUGGAAAUGUCUACCGGCCGACUUAGUCCCCUUCUCCGACCAAUGGACACACAUCGAAAUUGUUAUUUUAAUGGAAAACACGCGGCUGUUACACGCUGAACUGUGUGAUUUGUUAAAAAUGUUCACUCUAGGUUACGGUACAAUGCUUUUAAGUUUCUUCAUAUUCAGCUUUAACAAUAUGCUUUUCAGUGUUUAUGUAGUUCUAAACUCUUAUGAAUUAUCCGGCUCAAAUGCCAAUACAAAUGUAUUUAAAAACAUGUUAAUGCUGUCAAUCUACGCACAAUGUGUUACGUUUUUGAUGUCUAUUAUCACAUUCGUUUCAUUCAUAAACAAAAAGAGAUUGGAGAUGAUAUCAUAUCUACGAUUAUACCGAAUUUCAAUUUUACACUUGGACAUAAAGCGACAAAUUAAAAUGUUUAUGAAUCAAAUAUCAGUUUGCUAUUCGGACCAAAUUUCGGCAUUUGGAUUUUUUGAUAUCAAUUUAAAUCUCGUUACAUCUGUACUUGUAUUGUUGAUUAGUGGAACUAUAACAUUGAUACAAAUGAAAGAUCACCCUAUGAUAUUGAAACUAAACAAUGACACAUAUUCUUUUUUUCAAAAAUUGAGUAACAGAAAAUAA